AUGGUAAGGCGUUCAGAUUUAUAUUCUCCUGACAGUCUUCGCGGAGAGUCGCCGCGGUUUCCUGCUUCAACAGUGCUUGAACGGAACCCGGCUGCUCGUCCACCCCCCAGCCCCGGCAGGCUACUCAGAGCCAGCCCUCGUCCCCACUUGACAGCGCCCUCCGACCGGUCCAAGGUCCCCGCCGCCGCUCCGGCGCAGCGCAGCGCAGCCGUCGCCCCUUCUCAUCCGCCCGCCGUGACGACCGCAUCCCCCUCGCAGGAGCGCCAGAACCGCCACCAGGCCUCGGAGGCCGCCAUCAGCCGCCAGAUCAGCCUGGAGCUCCACGCCUCCUGUGUGUACCUGUCCAUGUCCUACUAUUUUGACCGCGAUGACGUGGCUUUGAAGAACUUUGCCAAGUACUUUCUUCACCCAUCUCAUGAGGAGGGGGAACAUGCUGAGAGACCAAUGAAGCUGCAGAACCAGCGAGGCGGCCGAAUCUUCCUUCAGGAUAUCAAGAAACCAGACCGUGAUGACUGGGAGAUUGGGCUGAAUGCAAUGGAAUGUGCGCUGUGCUUGGAAAGAAGUGUGAAUCAAUCACUACUGGAACUGCACAAACUGGCCACUGAAAAAAAUGAUCCCCAUCUGUGUGAUUUCACUGAGACUCAUUACCUGAAUGAGCAGGUGGAAGCCAUCAAAGAACUGGGUGACCACAUAACCAACCUGCGCGAGAUGGGGGCCCCUGGAUCUGGCAUGGCAGAGUACCUCUUUGACAAGCACACCCUGGGACACAGUGAGAGCUAAGCCUCAGGCUGGCUUCCCACAGCCACAGGGGUGACUCCUGGUCACCAAGGCAGUGCAUGCAUAUUUGGGUUACCUUCACCUUUUCUAUAAGUUGUAACAAAACAUCUACUUAAGUUCUUUCUUUAGUACCAUUCCUUCAAAUAAAGUAAUUUGGUACCC